GUUGAAAGCGUGAAAAUCUGAAUCAUCGAGAGAUAGAGAGAGAGAGAGAGAGAGAGAGAGAGAGAGAGAGAGAGAGAGAGAGAGAGAGAGAGAGGUGACCGUAGAGUGAUGGGACCCGGCUGAGGGAAAAGCAGCGAGUGAUCACUCUCCGAGCUGGUAAUGACAGGUAAAUGCCAUUUUUAAUCGUAUUUCAGAAUAUUCCGGUCUUUGCAAAGCUCAGAUGGAGGCUGGGUUUGUUGUUUUGUGCUAAAUACGAAGGGAAAUUAUUUUUUAUGCUCUUGUUCCUUCAGCGGGGUCGUCCCUGCACGCGAUAUCAGCUUGCACAUCUGGAGCAACGUCCAUGUAUAAAAUACAUCGUUGAAAAUGUUGUUCUAAACUUUGUAGGGUCUUCUUGUGCCUUAUUCAUCGGUUUAAUGUUAAAAAUGCGCGUUUCAGGGUUUGUUUUGCUACUCUGUUGAGAUAAAACUUCACACUUAAGCUCAUACCGGCUGAUGUUAUUUAUCGAGAUAGUAUUUGAAGGUGGUUUAGACGUCAGAUAACAUUUAAUGCAAAUGUUUUGAUGGAAAUUGGAGAUUUUUAUUGAAUGUGGAGCGUGCUUUCUAUGUCUAUGUGAGUCUCAUGGGGGGUUGGGAGGACGGAUGGAUGAGGUCUGUUAUCAGACUGGCGUCACAUAUUACGUCUGUGUGUUUUCCUGCUGGGGCUGAAUGUAAUAAUGGCGUUCAGUACCACGGGCAGCUCCCGGCUCAGAGGACAUAUCAGUGUCAACGAAUAAGCCUGAAAAGCUUACAUUUUAACACCAAAACGAUUUAGAGAUUGAAAUAGUAUGUUUUUGGAAAACAUUGUUGUGUUUAGAGCCAAAUAAAUCAAUAGAUGUUGUAUUUCAACCAUUGCUCCCAUGAUUCUAGCGAGGGAAGUGUCCAUACCUCUGUGAAGAGUCAGCUCAUGUAACCUGGUAUUUGGAGGAUUUCUUUAAACAUAAAAUAUCGAUCAAAUAAACUAAUUUUCAAAUAUGAGGCUGUUCUUUUGGUUUCUUGUCUGUUUGAUGUAUUUGUGGACCCAAUACGAUCAUAGACACUGAUAGUUAAUGUGAGGAAUGAAGCACAUUUCAUGUAAUUUCAAAAUCAUGUUAAUCAUAAAUGAAAUCAGUUCAUUUAAAUUUGAACAACUUCCACCUUCGAACAACUCAAACAUUGUUGGAAAUGUAUGAUACUUUCAAUCAACUUACAUAGGCCAAAAAAGAGCCCCCUUUUACCUUGAAAAAACAGUCAUCUUUACAAGGUUUACCUUUUAUUAUUUAGCUGAUGAAUGAUCAAUAUUAAGUCUCUCUUGAAUAGAUGCAGAUUUGGUACAGGCAGUUUUACCAGCAUCUGGGUGGAGACAGAUGUUCCUGAGAGUCUUCAGAGGGAACCAAUUAAGCUGUAAUAGGAUUAACAUGAGGUACUGUGUGUCUCAUGUUAAUGCUGCAUUUCACUCAUCACACUCACUCUAAGCCUGGCUCGAACCCUAAGAUCCCAGGAACACUUUGUUAUUCCAUGUUUGGCCCUCUCUCAGUUUUAUUUUUGAAUAACUCUCAUCUUUUUAAAAGUGAAAGAUAUUCAGAUGGCAAAUGCAGCCUCUGUGGUCUCUGAUGGAAACACAAAAGCUUUUUCAACUUUAAUUACUCCCCUAAAAGUAAACGAGGUCAACUCUAAAUGAAAGGUUAAGGCUGAGGUUGGCACAUGAAUUUAUAUUAUAAGCUGUGCUUAAACCACUUAAAGGUAAAUGUGUGUUAUCAGGCUGUAUAAAGAGUAUUUAACUUGAUUGUGUCCUCAUGCAUACAGCUGCAGGAUUUAGUUGUAUAUAUUUUUUCUUUUUUUCCACCAAAAAUGUACAGAAAAACAGAACGGAGGGGUUUUGCUGACUAUAUCAAGGGCAUAAAAGUAUAUAUAUUUUUUUUUCUGCAGAUGUCUUGGAUGUUAAAAAAGCUGUUUUGUACCCUGUUUAUUUGGAGUCCGUGUAUUAGAAAAUACAGUUACUUUAUUACCUGACACCAUAUAACAUGAAUAUUUCUAUAGUUAGUUUGCAAAAACACAAUAACCUUUUCACAGUAGUAGUUUGUAAGUAAGCAACAUGUCUCGGCUUGAACAGUUUUCUUUUUCAGGAGGAAUGAUUACAUAUAUCAUUCUUAAGAAAAUACAUUUGUUACUGAACCAGAAUGAUUACUUUGUUGCGUUUUGUUUGUUAAUUGUCAAAGAUGCUAUGACAGCACAGUUGGUUAAUUUCGAUGUAAAAACACGAGGUCCUGAGAUAAUAUCCUUGUUUUUUUGCUUUUUUUCCCCCACUUCUUUAAGGCUUAACAAAAACCCUGUCGAUCAAGGGGAUCUCUGUUUUGUUGUUGCUUAGUUCCUCACUCUGUUGCUUUGAUGGCACAACAGUUGGAGAAGAAGAGAUUCAAUGCUGGUUGACAAAAGUUUAAGACAAAGUUGUGUGUGACUGUUGAAAGGUGCUGAGCUGUGAAAAGCCUCUGGAUCCAAGAUAAAUAAUUGGGGAAAUGGAAGUGUUGUGAAAUAUUAUGUACCACUGCAAAUGUUGUUCUUGUCCUUUAUUGCCAUUCUUGUAGGUGUGACUUUUGUUGUAACAUAGAAACAUAUACAAGAAAGAAAUUAAAUCUAAGAUUAAUAAGCCUAACUUCAAAGAUUUUGUGUUGUAAAACCACAUCAGUUAAAGAAUACUGAGAAUUUAUUUGAACAGAAAUGAUUGUACUACAUUUAUAUAUUACAUUAUGUACUUUGUUUAAGGAAAUCUUAUAUUUACAAAUCUGAAAAACUGUCUUCCUUAAAGAAAUAGAACAUGCUGAACUUCAUACAGUUUGAUUUCAACAAGCAACCUUGUUCAUAAUGACUUCUCUGCAAAUUCACUGUUUAUUUAUGACUUUUACAUGCAACAAAAGAGAAAAUACAAAUGUCAGCACUUGGUGUAUUCAGCUGAUAUAAUACUGACUCUAUGGAGGUGGACAGAUAUUAUAUUUCACGGUUUAUUUCAUAAACCCAGACAAGGAGAAUGCAUCAUUAAUCUCAAUGUACUGAGGCAAUGAUGCCUUCAGUACAAUGUUACAUAACUCCCCUCUAGCUCUCUGUGUGUGAGGAUGUAUACUCAUGUGUAUAAAUGUAUAAAUGUACAGCAAAGCUGUGUGGGUGGUUUCUCAUAGCAAGUGUGUAGUCUCGUAUUCAUGCAUUUAUAUAAUUUUGUAUUUGUGUGUGUGUGUGUGUCCUCACUCAGGCUGACAGAUGUAAAGGAUGACUUCCUGCUCAGAGAUCUGUGGGUCGGACUACAAUGAGCAAGCUCAAGCCAGCGGGAACUGCCAGCAGUACGGAGUCCGCUCCUACCUUCACCAGGUACAACAUGAACACACACACACACACACACACACACACACACACACACACACACACACACACACACACACACACACACACACACACACACACACACACACACACACACACACACACACACACAAAUAAAUGGCAUCCUUACAGAAAAAUGGAUCUUUAUCUGAUAUAAGCCCUCAUUCUUGAUUGUCUCAUUUUGUAAUUGGCUCUACUUUUUAAGACUGUGGGUUUUAGAAUCUGACCACUUCGUUUUCAAACGUAUCUAUCAUCUCUCCGAUCUAUUAGUUUUAUGAAGAGUGCACAGCUUCCAUCUGGGAACGUGAUGAAGAUUUUCAGAUUCAGAGAUCGCCAAGCAGGUGGAGCUCUUUACUCUGGAAGGUAAGACAAUAACCUUGAUCUCGCUGAAAUAAAAACCCUCUCACCUGCUGCUUUCUGAAUAACUCUAUUCGGAUUCAAAUUGAAAUGAGUGAGAUCCCUCAACUCCCUCUCCCCACACCUGCAGGUCUGUCUCGCGUUCGGCUCUCUGAUCUUGGUAGUAGGCCUCAUUGUCGUGUUGGUGGGUUACGGCACUCCAGCUAGGAUUGAAGCGUUCGGCGAGGAUGAUCUGCUUUUUGUUGACAGGUGAGAACUGACACCACAGAACCAAUAUGAGAAUUCACAGGCGAGACACAAAGACAGGAUGCAAAAUCAGAGUCUGUUUAAUCAAAGUUGGAGUGGAUGCGCGAGGGGGUCAGAAAAACAUGCAGGAGAAUCCAAAUUGAAAUGAUAAAAGUAAACGCUCGAAAAAACACGAGGGAGAGCUGGCAUACUGUCACGAGGGAACUAGACAACUGGCACAAAAAGAGACAAUAGUACUCUUCGAGUGAGUGGAGACAUGACAAUAACACUUUUGACAGAAUAUUGAAUAAAAAGAAGCAUUUAAACAGAAUUCAAUUUAAACUACUUUAAUAGUCCCGCUUGGCUUUGUUGGUUUUGAGUCGCGUGUAUUUCAUAACAGAGAACACAGCAGAAAAAUAGACACAAGAAGUACAAUGGCUUACCUUAAACAGCCCACUGAAAUGCUGCAUAAAUAAAUAGACUUGAAGAUAAUGAAAUAUGUUUAGAUGGUAAAGGGAUCAUUCUUAAAAAAUAGGAGAAUAUGUUUGAGAACAAAUCUUGAGUUUUUGACAAAAUUUCCUGUAAAUUUAUUCUUUAUUUUCUUUCACUACCUGUCCAUGUUUUCCUUAGGGCAUGAAAAAAGAAAUAAUUAAACAAACAUUUUAUGUUUUUUAUCAAAUCUUGUCAUAAAGUUGUUGAACUAGUUGAAUUAAAUGUUUUUUAAAGAGGAUUUUUUUUUUUGCCAAAAGCUGUCAGACUUUUUCAGGUUUAGAUAAGAUAAUGUAUAAUGGUGAAAUGGUAGUUAUGCAAAUUGGAAUCCCAGCAGGGUGAGCCAGAGCCUAACACAAAGUGAAGAGGUCGAGCUCAGCUUGAUGGGAUCCUAAUAUAUUAAUUUUAAGUAUCUGAAUUCUGUUAACUUACAGAUAUUCACCUGCUUUUUGUUAUAAUUCACACUAAACAUAAAGAAAAUCUCACAGCUUGUUAUUAUCACUGCUUACGGUUCCCAUUCAUUCAUAGUAACUGGCAACUGAAAGACUGGUAUCCAGGACAGGAUGGUGCUCCACUUUACUCUUUCAGAGAUAGUCUGGGCUCCUCAGGCUACUCUUGCAUUUACAUAUUGUUUCCUGACUCUCAGAACCAGCCCUAAGAUAGAGGCUAAUACUCCUGCCACAUUCUGAACAGGUAGAGGUGAAAUAUAUCAGACGUCUUGAGUGGAUUGGUUUAAUAUAAUGUGUGUGAUUAGGUUGUUCCUGGUGUCACUUUUAUUGCUGAGAGUUAAUCAGUGUUAUGGGGUUUUAACCACCCAGAAUGAAGUGUUUAACACAGCCUGGUAAUAAGUGAGAAGGCCAGGUAAUAAGCAGAUAAACAUGUUAUAAUUACAGUCCAGUAAUGCUGUGAACUAUUUGUCUUUUCCUUGAACAGCCACGCUGUCAGUUUCAACCGUGCGCUGGAUGUUUGUAAGCUGACCGGCGCUGUGUUGUUCUGUGUGGGAGGCACCUCCAUGGCUGUGGGUCUCCUGCUGUCUGCCUUUGCCAAAAGCUACUCCAAAGAAGAGCUGUAUCUGCAGCAGAAGUUUAAGGAGAGGUUGGCCGAUCUGCACGCAACUGUUGGUAAGAUCUUACUUUUUACCGACAACCCUAGACCUGUAGGCUAAUAUCUAUAUGGGGCUUUCAUUGUAUCCUCCUGUUGGGGGCUGAAGGAGGUUUGGCCAAGACUGCAUUAUCUGUGUUUUGCCUUUGUUCACAGUUUGCUCAGCAACUGGGAAAGUGAGCUCGAGAUAGUGUUAAGAAACACUACAGUGUAGUUGUAAUCAUUUGGUUCUGCAUAACAACCGGCUGACUAUCCAAAUCCUUUCCUUAAUUAAAGCAAGCGUCAAGUUAGAUGACUACGGACGGGUUUCAGGAUUGCAACAUAGUGGAUUGUAUUUCUUCCCUUUGCUCUUAUUACUGACAGUCUUCUUUCAUAAGACCAAUACAGAUAUAUACAGCUUUUAUACCCCAAACAGGAACCUCGAUUAGGGAUGAACCAAUCAACAUUUUUUCACCUUCAAUCCGAUCACAAUUCCUGAAUCUGGAUAUCUGCCAAUACCGAUACUAUUCCGAUACCACAGCUCUGUUAGCUUUACCAUCAUUAUUAUCAUUAUUGUUUAUUUUAUAUGAGACUAUGAUAAACAGGUAAGUAUAUGUACGAAUGAUUUCCUGAACGGAGGCGUGUCUCAUCUCUGUGUCUCAUUAAGACACGCCUCUGUUCAGGAAAUACAUUGCGCAGUUUGCACACCAGCUAGCAGACUGACCGGUAAGACUCACUUGUACAGUCAUUUCAGCAGACAAAGUUAAAGCAAAGGCAUGGCUUAUGGAUCGGAAAUUUUCGCAGGUUGGAUUGGAAAUUUCCGAUCCGUAAAUUAUGUUGGAAGAAACCCAAUACUGAUACUGGAUCGGAUCGGCCUCAUCCCUAACCUCGACACCAAAAUCCAGUCCCCGACACUGUAUGAUAAUGCAUAACCUAUAAACAGAGAGACAGUGCCAAAUCAGAAAAGAAACUAGAUUUUAGUAUGAACAUCUUAAAUUUGUUAUUAAUUUAGGUGUCUACAUAUUAUAUACUUUGUCUAUAUACUGGUUAUACACUUGUGAAUGAGUUUUCAACAAAGCAGAUGGUUUCAUCGCAGGUUCCCCCAUAAUGAAGGCGCCAACCCCCGGAGAGGGAAAAGUGCCCGUCACACUCUCUAAGGUACAGAACAUCCAGCCAACAACCACAAAGUCAGAGACCUGACAGAAGUCUACAUGAAGUCAUAAAGAGAAGAAAUGUAUGUGUGAGAGUGUGUGUAAUGACUUGAUUGAUUUGUGUGCGGACUGUGUGGGUGUGAACAUGUGUGUGAAUGUCAAUCUGUGUGCAUUUUCUCCUCCUUUUGAAAGGUCAGCUUACAUGACUGAUAGUACUGGUUCCUUAUUUGCUGUUUGACAUUAAAGCUUGAUUAUUUUAAGGGUCUAUAGGUGCAAAAGUAAUCAAGCUGAUCAAAGAUGAACUCCAUCAGUAGUUUUAUAUAUGCAGGUCUGGAGCCUUGUGCAUGGAUCUAAACCACAGGAACAAAUCAAUAGACCACAGCAGAACGACACUAUAGUAGUAAAAAUAUUUCUCAUUCUUUCUUUUUUAUUUUUUUUUGGAAGGAUACUCAUGCAUAAAAGUAGAUGGUAUAUUUACUGGAGGAUGUAGCGGAGCAGAUGCAGCAUUGACAAAAUUUCUCUUAGCCUCCAUUCACAAACUCGAUCAAAAGAAGCCAUGAACAUGGAUACCGUUAUCUUUGUUUUUCAAGCAUUUUUUUCUGUACCUUGUGUUUGCAACUUAUUCACAACAACCAAUGAAAGCUGUCAAUCAAAACCGCACAAUAUCAUCACAUGUGCUUAAGCUGAUUUAUUCUACGUUAGUCAUGUUAACAUGCUAGUGGAGGAAAGAGACAACUUAGUUUGAGUAUUUAGCUUGAAGUUUACAGAUGAUCUGAGCAGAUUAGAAGAGACCUUAAAGGGUACAUUUCACACUGACAUUUUCUCCUGCCUUAUUAGACCGCUGACCUUCAGUGAGUUUUCUGACAGGAUCAAUAGAGGAGACAGCACAGACCGAUGAGAGGUGCAUUGAAUCAGACAGAGAGCAUGCAGGACAAUUUAGUCUGCUGCUUAAUAAAGGGAUUAACUUCAGGAUCAUAUAAAUAAUGUAUUCAUAAUGGAUCGAUGUAUGAUUUUUGCCUGUUUCACUGCUCCUCCUCUCUUACAAAAACAAACCUGCACACAUCGAUCCGUUUUGGCAACUGUUUAACUCAGAUCAGACCUUCAGCCACUUGUCAAAAGUGCAGGUGCUGUGUGGUAAAAUGGUGCAAAGGGAGCAUCAAGAGAGGCAGCAACGUGACAGAGAUGUUGCAUAACAGGGUGUAAGGAGAGCAUGACCAACCCUCCAGUGAGAUCCCAUCAGCAACAUCGUGUCUGACAGCGCGACACUUGCUGUUUUCAAUCUGUCUGGCUCCACAGAUGCUGUGAUCACAUCUCUGCCUUCCCACGAAGCAUAUGUCUUAUAGGAAGCUGACAAUUAACAAAAGCUCUGUUUGCUGGUUUCAUUUUCACCUGUGUACAAAAGACCUUGAGGUUUCUAUCUAUGUAACACAAACGCGCUCUUUUACUGUAACUUACAAGCACAAUAGGCUGCUAAGCUCAUCUCUGCUUUUUAAAAACUACAUGUUUGGGGACUGUAUGUUUUAAACAUAUUUUUAUUAUCGUGACCAUGCCACUUUAUAUGAUAGUGAUUUUUUUUCUCUGUGUUACUUUCUUCAUGUAUUGAAUCUACUGUCCACAACAAGCUAAACUGUAAAAAUGCUGUUUUUUUCCUUUGAGUACUUGUUUAUAAAAUGUUAGUGUGGUAGUCACAGUCCAAGUGCCAUCAAGCUACAUGCAUUGCUGUGCAUUGAUGCUGCUGGAACCCCCUCCAAUAGAGUCCUCUCCUCAGAUCCAUGCAGUAAUAAUGCCAUACACUUACUGUAUAAAUUAAUAUUCUAUUAUACUGGCUAACUACGCUUAUGUAAGUUGAUCUUUUACUUUUAUUCCAACAACCUCCACUUAUUUGUCCACCUGCUUAACUUUUGAUAUCAUUUUCACACACUUAGUAUCGCAUAAACCACAGACUCGUAGCUCAAACAACGAAGAACAGCACAUUAGAAAAACUAAAAAGACAUUUACAACCACGGUUAAGCUGCAAACCAAGUGUGAACAAUUCAAAGGCAAUCUAUUACAGAAGGUGGUAUCGACCAAACAUCCAGUGUGAUCAGAGUGUUCUUAAGUAACUGAUAAAUGUGCUGACUUGUAACUCUUCAUGCAGUGAUUCGUGCAUUCAUUUUUACAUUUUUACAUUGACCAAAGUUGAGUUCUGCAUCACAAUCCCAAUGCCAUAAAGAUUGUUUUUUUCUUUUCUUUAAUCAGACCAUGAAAGAGAAAUGGUCUCCCAGUUUUAAGUGUCUCCUGAUGUAACAGUGGAUUUUACUGUUGAAUGGUAAGGUAACUGUACUGUUGCUGUACUCGAGGUCUGGUUGGAUAAAGAACAAAUAUAUCAGUGUCUAUAUAUACAGUAUGUCUAUUUUUCAAAGAACACAAUAAAAACUAUCUGCAGCUUAAAAUCUG